CCGACAGCUGCUGAGAGGCUUGGCGGUAUCUACUUUGAAGGUCUAGGGUCGGGCGUCAGAGCCGCAGGUGCAGGAAAGGGCAGGGCAAGUGGCACGUUUUUGGUGCACUUUUCUCUUUGCAUUUGCGAGAUUGCUUUGCCACGCUCUGGCGAGCUUUGCAUCAGUUCCGAGCCCAACUGAUAAGUGAGGAAACUGAGGCCGAGAAGUGGGAGGCGCUGGCAUCUGCUACCGGGUGGCUGGGAACCAAGACCUCGUGGUCGGUUCUCCCAGGCCAGCUUGGAUCAGUGGGCAUCGGGAGCGAGGGCCCUGCUCAGUUCCCUGCUCCUCCGCCCCUUCGACCCCCUCGCCGCAGCAGGAGGCUCCCUAGAGGAGGAGCUCCUCACACGUAGGAGGAGCUAGGGCAGCCCCUGGGAACCCGGCGCAAUCCUCUGGGAUUAGAAGCAGAGCCCGGGAGGAACCCCGUCAGCUCGGCAGACAGAAAGCUUUGGGAGCAGCCUCAUGGAAGAGAAGCAGAUCCUGUGCGUGGGGCUAGUGGUGCUGGACGUCAUCAGUCUGGUGGACAAGUAUCCUGAAGAGGACAUGGAGAUAAGGUGCAUAUCCCAGAGAUGGCAGCGUGGAGGCAACGCGUCCAACUCCUGCACUGUUCUCUCCCUGCUUGGAGCUCCCUGUGCCUUCAUGGGCUCGCUGGCCCCUGGCCAUGUUGCUGAUUUUGUCCUGGAUGACCUCCGUCGCUAUUCUGUGGACCUACGCUACACAGUCUUUCAGACUAUAGGCUCCGUUCCCAUCGCCACAGUCAUCAUCAACGAGGCCAGUGGUAGUCGCACCAUCCUAUUCUCUGACAGCUUCCUGGUGGCUGACUUCAGUCGGCGGGGCGUGGACGUGUCUCAGGUGGCCUGGCAGAGCAGGGGGGAUACCCCCAGCUCUUGCUGCAUCAUCAACAACUCCAAUGGCAACCGUACCAUUGUGCUCCAUGACACGAACCUGCCAGAUGUGUCGGCUAAAGAUUUUGAGAAGGUUGAUCUGACCCGGUUCAAGUGGAUCCACAUUGAGGGCCGGAAUGCUUCAGAGCAGGUGAAGAUGCUGCAGCGGAUAGAUGAGCACAAUGCCAGACUGCCUCCAGGGCAGAGGAUCCGAGUAUCUGUGGAGGUGGAAAAGCCCCAUGAGGAGCUAUUCCAACUAUUUGGCUAUGGAGACGUGGUGUUUGUCAGUAAAGAUGUUGCCAAGCACUUGGGGUUCCAGUCAGCAAACGAAGCCCUGCGGGGCUUGUACAAUCGUGUGAGGAAAGGGGCUGUACUUGUCUGUGCCUGGGCUGAGGAGGGUGCUGGUGCCCUGGGCCCUGACGGCAAAUUACUCCACUCGGAGGCUUUCCCACCGCCCCGUGUGGUAGAUACUCUGGGGGCUGGAGACACCUUCAAUGCCUCUGUCAUUUUCAGCCUCUCCCAGGGGAAGAGCAUGCAGGAGGCACUGAGGUUUGGCUGCCAGGUGGCGGGCAAGAAGUGUGGCCUGCACGGCUUUGAUGGCAUCGUGUGAGAGGUGUGUGGCAGGAGGUACCAGAUUAUCACCCCCUUGGAGUCUGGCAUCAUCGCUGCUAUUGCCAUCUCCCCUCCAUCCAGCCUGGUGUCUGGGCUGCCUUUCUCCUUGGGCAGAUGCAGGUUGUGUGGGGAGGACCCUGCCUGUGUCC